AUGAAGGAAACAGAAGAGCAGCUGCUGGUGGUGAGCAGGGAGAACCAAGUGCUGAAGAUCAAGCUGGAAGCCACGAGAGAAGCGGGGGUACAGGCGCUCAGAUCUGCAUCCCAGAGACUGUAUGAGAAUUACCAGACUCAGUCAGAAGAACUGAAAAAAAGCCACGAGAAUGAGAAGAAGCAAAUAGAGGCCUACAACCUCCAACAAGAAGAGAAGCUCCAGCAAAGCUCAGAAAAGGCCGGCCGUCUUGCCGAAGGCAUCAGGGAAAAAUGUACCCGCAUCGCAGAGAUGGAGAAACGCGUGCAAAGGAUGGAGGAGGAAAAGAAAACUCUGAUAGAGAAGAAGAUGUCAUUUGAAAAGAUGCUGCAACAGAUGAUGUCAAGGAAUGAAGAUGGCAAAUGGUGCCUACAUCUCCAGAGGCAGAUUUCCACCCUGCAGGAGCAGAUCAGCCACCUGCAGCGCGUGAUCCAGGCACAGCAUCACAGCCUGCGCGGUGCGAUCCAGGAGGCAGAGGAACUGAACAACGAACUCAGAAGUCAAGAUAAAAAAAUAGAAGACCUGACAGAGAAGCUGACUGCGCUGGAAGCACAGAAUAAAGAACUUAAAGACAGAGUGGAGCUCUGGUCUGGCCAGCCCAAGGUUAAAGUUUCAAAAGCUGUCUGGACAGACGCCCCACGAGAUUUUGGAGCUUCUGGAGCGUCCCCUUACCUGAUGCUCACCAGGCUGAGGAAGGAGAGCUAA